CUACAACGAUGGUCGCUGAUGUUGCAGGACUACGAUUUUAUCUUCCGUCAUCGACCUGGGAAGGAGCACACAGACGUUGACGCGCUCUCGAGACCUCCUGGACAAGAAAACAUGGGAGACAUCCCUGCUUCGGUCGAUGUGCAUGAGUAUCAACUCGGGGCAAUUGACCUUGAGGCCAUGGAGGAUAGCCACUUGUUCCAUCUUGACCAGACCAUGGAGGCCCAGGACCAGUGUGCUGACGUCUCACGCGUGAAGGCGUACCUGGAGGCCAAGGACAACAACACAAGCAAAGGAGAGCUCGAUCAGCUGCGUGACACCAUUCCGAAAUCAUAUUGGUCGAAGUUUGACGAUGCUUGCCUACUGGAUAGGCUGGUGAGAGUCGUGUCGAAGCACCAAGAGCAU